AUGGAUACGCUUGUCAAGUCUCGUCAUCUGCCGCUGCACUAUUUCCAGUGGCGCAAAGGCUUUUCUAUCCGCCAGGCAACUCUCUACCAUGGCCAAGAUAAUCGAUUGCGAGUUCCCACCGGCGGAUCAGUGAUUGACGAGUUCUUUCGCAGCUUCAACCCGGAUCUGUCCCCGCCGCGCCGCCAUGAACUGCUGAGACUCUUUCUCGGACAGACUGGGGCACUGCAUUCAUUCCCGGACGUCAUCAGGGGCCAAAAUUCCCCAGCCGACAGACGUGUGCUUGCCAUGAUUGAUGACCGGUGCGAUCCGUACUUGAAAAUCACGAGUAUGCCAGAAAGUGCGGCUUUCUUGCCUAUUCGACAAUGGGAGUCCGAAGAGUACAUGCGACGACCGCCUGGAGGAUUGCAUGUUUGUGUCUGCGGGGUAGAUGCAGAGAUGUUCUACACCCAUCUUCAUCAGGAUAGAACAGGCCGUGCAGAGCGCCGAAUCAUGUAUGUCUUCCUUAUGAUCGACGAACAGUAG